GUGGCAACGCUGUUUGCAGCACUAAAGAAAUGGCAGCGGUAAAUUUACGUAAAGGCUUUUUACUUGUGCCUCAAAAUGUUGUGGCCAAUCUGCAGAGAAGCUAUGCUUCAUCGAAACAAACAAAAGCCAAAACAUUAGAAGCUGUUGGUAAAUCUAUUGCUUCGAAAGGUUUCCUGCGUCCAAACAAACCAUACGCGCCUGCUUCAGAUGCAGCGAACCGUGUUCGUACCGUGGCUGCCAAUUUGCAGAUGGCCAAAGGCGGAGACCAGCGACAGUUGUCUAACUUAGAAGAAAAGUUCAAGUUUCUCACGGCCUGCUUCCAGGAACUGCAGCAUGGUGUGCCCAAUUCGCAGGUGCAUGAGAUGUCCACAGUGGCCGAUGUUAUUGCAUUCUAUGAGAGGGCGGUAGACACUACAGUGCCACUGGAUGCGCUGAAGCGCAUCGAUUUGCCAGAGAAUUUGCAUAUACAAUAUGAAUAUUUGCGUUUCCACCCUGAUACCGACACAAAAUUCAAUGGAAAAACUGCUUUUCCAAAGAGCUCCACUUUGGUCACAGGGCUCAAAUAUCGAAACAAAUAUGAGGGACAUGAGGCCAAGCGGUCAUGGCCUUAGUUUAAUAUGUUAAUCCUAUUCGCUGAUUAUAGUUAAUAAAGUGUUACGCUCUAUAAGUAUU